GUGAUUGAGAACUUGUAUUUAUUUGAGCUAGUCUUUUCGACAUUGGACGACUCUCCUGACAUCCUUAAAUAAACGUAUCCGAGAAACAAUGAAAAUGAACUCCAUCAGCCGUACUAAUAACUGCAAGUAUUAAAAAGGGCUAUGAUUCUUGAUCAAUUAUUGUGAUGUUGAACAAGUUGAACAGAAAUUAUGCAUCACAAAACAAGUGGAAGAAGUGCCGCUGCAGCAAGCAUCAAUAAUGAUUACUUCAAAAAACUAUCUAUGAAUUGCUACAGCACGAAUAUCAUGCAUCUCUUAGAAAAUAUAUUUGAGACAACAACAAAUGAUCUUCAAAGUCUACUAGUUCUAGUAGAAACAACAAAAUUAAAAAAAGUAGAAGUUAGAACAAUCAACAACGAAGAAGUCAACAUCAAUCCUGAGUACUUCUUGGUGACUGUGACUAAAGCUAAACAGUAUUAUGUAUGAUUUGAUAGAACUUCUCUUCCUCUUUUGCUUCUCCAAGACCUCCAAGAAUCUGAAGAACUUCUGAGUUUCAAUGUACUUGUGGGAGAAAGAUGAAGACGAAGUGCCGCGUUAGACGUUACAAGAUGACACAGGAGAAGGACCAUCAUUCCAUGUGUAGGUAUUUUCCUGGCUCUUAUCUAACGGUAACGCGUCAACGUUCUUAUACUUACUACAGAACCAUCAACGAGGGGAAAAAUGAUCCCGAAGCUUCUAACAGCCUUAAAACGACGGAGGAAUAUACGAAGACGAGGGAAGGAAAUCCGUCAUCCUUGUGAGGAAGAUUCAACCUUGUGAAGAUGAUACUUGAUUUCGACAGAAGGACGAGUAUAUCUAGGUAAAUGCAAGCAGUGUGAGACGAGUCGUCUGUCAAGAUAUCAUCCUGUGUCCGACAUAAACGAGUCGCAUUGGAAAAUACGUCGUCGAUGACGAGAGAGCGAGCUGGCCAUCACCAUCCUUGAGGCAUGUUCGAGUGGUAGGCAAAAAAGGCAUUUGAUGACGAGAGAACGAGUUGUGUGAGGAUAUCGAUGAAGUAUGACAUUGAGGAGGAUUUUCGUACAAAUGUCGUUGACUUGCCUUCAUCUCGAUACUCGAUCGAAUAGAUGAAAAAAUAGAACCUUCGUACACCGUUUUACUCGUUGCAUAAACAUUGGAAUGUGUUGCCGUUUGGAAGAUAAGACUAAGAGACAGACUACGAAACUACUAAAAAAAUAGGGAAGUGAAGAAGCAAUCCUCAACUUCCUGGAAUCCUCGUGAGACACUGUGAAAAAACAAACACAAAAAUCUUAGAAAAGUAGACGAAGUAGAAGAUCGAUCCAGCAACUCUAACUCUUAUCCUUUUUGAAAAGGCAAAUUAGGCUUCAUCCAGAGACCACCUAGCACCCACAACUUCCACACGUGAAGCAUUUGAAAGACGCAUUAUUCGUUGUCAGCCUCUACAUUUAAGAUAUAAUUUUAAUACGAGCGAGCUAUAAGAAAAGAACCAUGAAUGGUAGUUGAAAGAUAAAUAGAGGUUGGUAGUCCAGGACUUCUGUGGUUGCACAUGUUCGCUCGAUGAUACAGGUCACACUGUGGACGGCGAGCCACCUCCUAUCCUAUCCUAACCAUGACGAUCGCCGAUAAUAAAGACUUGGGACUGGUUUGUCAUACCCAUACGUAAAGCAUACAUUAAAAUACUCUAGGAAUAGUUCAAGAUUGACUUCUCACCCAGGCCAGCAGAGUGACUCAAUUAGAAACAAAGUGGAGCUAGCACGCCCUUGCCGACGCCGGUUGAUGCAGCACUCCUGAUCACUUCGUAUAGAUCAGAAGGAGACUUGCUGUGCAAACAUGUCUUGUUGUGGUGCGAAAUCCAAGAGAUUGGUGGAGGGGCCACCGACUCUGGCACCGUCGACUCAGAGCGGCGCCGAGGAAGAAGAUAGGGACUUGCAUGCGGCCGCAUCAGAGGUGCUGCAUAAGGAAAAGGAGCUCUCGACUCUGCCACCGUCGAUCCGGAGCAGCGGCGGCGAAGGAUUGGAUAGAGUCGACGUGCUCGCAUCAGAGGUGCUGCCAAGAGGAGAGCCUGACCGUGACCCACUCCAUCAAGUAUUUAGCGUUUUUUGUUUUAUAUUUGAUUACUCAACUUCCUUUUUUUUCCGGAAUAAUGUCAGCGCCCUGGCACUCUCCCUCUACCAAAAUCCUCCACCUAUUUCCCGCUCUUCGUCCCUCAAGGCGCGCCCCCCUUCGUCCUCAAAAGCCUAGUGUUCCUGUAGUGGGGUCGACCGGCUGGGGGGGGGGUUAGCGCGCGUGCGCUCCCGUAUUUCUGAAUGGGCAAAGAAGGUGGGGAGCUUAAAUUGUGCAAGGCUAUAUAAAUUUCAAAAGAGUCAGCCUUUUUUUUUUGGCGUUAUGAAAGCAAAGACUACGCUUUCAGGCGUGUGAGAACACUGACAACCGUAGAAACUGAGACCCCCGGAGGAAACGAAUUCGAGACAGUCUCCCCGUCACUAUGCCUGCAAAGGUUGGGGCAGGUCCUUGCAGUUUGGUGGUUCUCAUGCUAGUCCAAGCACCAUCGUGCAUGUUAGUGCGCGUCAGUUUGCUACUUGCUUGCUAGGGGCCUCGGGGCUGAUGAUCUCGGCUGUCUGUCUGGCGUGGUGUUUGAGGGUCUGGCUUUUUUAUUACAAACAUCGCUAGUGUGGGGCUCUAAAAUAAAAGCGCGCUAAUUUAGCAUGUAGUCGCUCCAGCACUUUAACCUGGGGGGGUUUUUGAUCUGCCGGCUAGGUGGUGGCUUUAAUUUUCUUUCUAGAGGUUCGCCAUGCUAAUUCGGCACACUAGGGCGGAUUCUAAUUUGUCACCUCCAAACUCUGCGCGCUUUCACGCCUAUAUGAGGGCGCGCAAGUCGGAGGCGCUCUCUCUUCGAGAGUGCUGGGUUUCUUAUAUAAUAUCAUAACUUUUCAAAGUUUCUCUCGAGGGACCCCGAAAACAAAGUAACAGCACACAAUCAUGCAUCUAUCAGCGGCAUUCUACUGAGCGGGCCACCCGCGGUGCAUUCCGUCGCGGGCUGCUAAAUUACCAGAAUUUUUAGCGCCCAGAUUAGCAGGAAUCUUAGUCAGUGAGCAAUUUUUCUUUUUUGUUUUUUUAAAUUCAUUGGAGGAAGCUCAGCAAAAUAACGCAAAAAUAUGCGCAAUAUCCAACGACGCCGGGCAUGGUCAGGAUCUACCUCAAAAAUGUUCGCCGCCUACUGUGUUCCUUCAACAAAUCAAAAACCUUCCCGCGAUCGCCACGGCCAGCAGAAAGCCUUGGGGGCGAUGGGAAUCCCUGCGCCCCUCCAGAACCCCACAGCACAAAUUCGCCGCCGACUGUCUUGGACCCACACACACCGGCAGGAAGCAAGCCGCAAGCACUGCGAAGCGGACCACUUCCGCGACUAGGUGGAGACAAUUUUGUCCGUCUCUGUGCAGUGUUUCGCUACUGUAGCGCCAUGAGGUGAUAAACGCUACUGAGGCACUAACGGCAGGCCGCUUUGAUACGCUUCUGGAAAGUUUCCUCCCUUUUGUUCCCACUCCCACAUCAGGUGCGACGGCCUUGGGCAGAGUCCCUUGGUGACAUAUAUGCGAGCUUAUGGCCGCCAAACGGAGGCACUUCGGAUUUUGCAACCAUUAAAAGCAGGGGCGAUCUCCAACACAAGUGGACAAUGUUGGACGGGUGGCAAAGUCACCGAGAAGUAAAGAUGUUCGACGGCUCUCGCCUCACAGACAUGCACACCCUACAGGAUGCACAAAAAACCUUCAGGGACGGGGUAUAUCUUAAGUUGGUGUACUAGGUUUUUGUUUUCCAAAGAUCUUCUUAGUCCCCUAUGGUUGAAGUCCUUGAGUCUAAAUUUGAAAACAAAGAAGGCGAGAGUACCUGUUUACUCUAUUCACUCGCAUUGGGGUUACUUAAUUAUAGAGUAAGUAAAAUAUCGGGUUUCGAGUUACUCGAGUUGCAACGAGUUGCUCGAGUUGCCGAAGCGAAGGGUUUCAAUUCUUGAACGAGUUGCCACGAGUUACCGGAAGCCAUCCGCUUCACCGGGAUGCGGCGCAGCAGGGCGGUAUGGGCACGGUUGUGGCUGCGCGAAGUGAAGAGGUGGCUGCUUUUGUUGUUGCUCUCUCAUGAGAGGGGCGGCCGGUUGUGAAGGGCUCCCCAGCGAGCCCCCCCGGCUUUUUUUCUUGUUGCGUGUGGGCGCGCGUUCGAAGCACAGCCAGGCACUAAGGGGCCGACGGCUUCGCCUCGUUGUUUUUGUUUGAGGGGAGAGAGUGUCGCUGUGGCUUGUCGUUGGGUCGGUGCCAGUCUCUCCCUUUUUUCUUCCCAGUGCGUCUCUUUUGGGACUGGGAGCGAGUUCUGGUUCUCGCCUGCUUUGGAGAACGGCCCACUCAGCCGAGGAAGCAAGUAGAGAAGAGUACGUGGCGGAUGCCUUGCGUGUUUGAUCAAGUGGCUGGGAGGAGUUCCCGAGCUGAGGGUGGUCACUCACUCUCGUCGCUGGUGCGCAUUAAGAAGAAAACCAGGGAGCGGAGGCAUGUCGUUGAAUGUCGCAUGCUCCUGCUAAGGUAUGGUAUCCCAGAGGCUCACAAAGCUGCGCCCGAAGGGCGCCGCGCAAAAAAUUACGGCGAGCAACUCGAGCAACCCGAGCAACCCGAGAAACAUGACCCGUGACGGGCCAAAAAAUUCCUGAUUCUAUUAAUAGUCUCAAAUGAUAUCAAAGGAAAGCUCAUUCACUGGUCCGGCACUUGAACUCACCACUGAAGGCUUUAUAAGUUACUUAGGUAGUUAAUUCGCUAACGCUAGAUAGACUAAAGCAGUUGUUGGUUGGGUCGAAGCUCUGGGCACCGGCUGGGGGAGGCCUGCUGGAGUUGGUGAAGUUUUUUUAGGUCGUCUGGAUCCGCGGACAACCAGAUCAAGAAUUUCCCAAGCAGGCAGCCGCCCCACUCGAUCCGGUGGAAAUCGCUUCGAUCCAACCAAAAAACUGAACUAGCUACUUAGCCUUUAAUCAAGGCAGGCAGUUCAAGUAACUACGUGGGAAGAGAUCGCUUCAAGAUUUGAGGCUGUGGCGAUGAAGGAGUAUGGAUUUUCCGUUGAUGAAUGACACUUGGGACUUGUGUUUAUCUGUUGUCCGAAUGUGAGAGCUGUUCUGUCCUGAACACUGACGAACUUUCAAUAGCCACAUAGAACUCGUUCACUCCACUUUUCAUCUUCAGCUCGUGAAAAUGCUCCAAAGUGGCAAGGGACUGGUAGCCAUCAAGAAGUUUUUGAACGCGAAGCAAGGGGCCAGAGGGAACCUAGGCAUUGCCAUGAUCGGUCCCUCAGGGCUGGAAUUCACUAUAACCCCCGGCUGGUCGCCGUCGACGUCGAAAUCGUCCUUCAUCCAGAAGUUGCCUCCCUCGCAUCAAAUCGACUACAGCGACUCGAUCGCGUGCAUCUCCAUGCUGCUCGUGCUCCUGUUAAGGUUUAGCUGUUCGUCAUCUGUUGUCGUGUACUAGUAUUUAGGUUAAGGCAAGUAUAUAGUUACAGAUAGAAUUCUGAGUGAGCGAGGACGAGGUAGAGGCAUUACAUAUCAUGAUUCUGAGUCUGAGACAUGACACAACUGAUAGAUUGCAAAGUAGGGAUUCUAAGUAACGGUCCGUGCAGUACGUUCCAAUGUAAAAAGGUCACACGAACAUGUAGUCCAUGGUAUCUCACUCAACAAAUGAGGACAGCUUGAUAAUCAAGCCUUACCUCUAAUCUUUGGAAUCUUCUUGCUGUGGAAAGUCGCACGGAAGAUGCGCAUGCCCACGAAGGACAAGAAAAACAAGAUUAUGUCGGAGGUUUCUAAUUGAUUCGUCCAGUAUGUAAGAACUAUUAUUUCUCGAGAGAUGUUCAUGUUGAUUGUUGCGUGAGUCACACAGUGUGAUGCCUGUCUUCUUAGAGAUUCACUUCCAAUAUAUUUAGAGUAUUCAGUAGACAGUGCGUUCUCAGAUUCUUGUUUCGAAUCCGAUUGAUUUCAUGCUGCUCAAAUCACCAGCACAUGAUGGCUUUAUCAUCUAACAAAACUGGCGACGCCAAGCCUCAGAUGGCGGGCGACUACGGUACGCUGGCCGGUGCUGACGCGACAACCGAGGUGUAAAUAAAGGGGAAGAAGAAAUGAUCACGACUGCUAGUGAUGCUGGGGGAGGGGAAAUAACUGACCGUCGUGGUAGGAGAACGAAAAACAUCCUAGGGUUUACGUUGUUCUUAGAAGAAGGAUAACAACAAAAUUGGAGAAAGUAAGUAGAAAG